UUCUCGCAUUUCCUUUUCUUUUCCUUUUAUUUCCUCUCAAAUUGCUCAUUUUAUGCAAUUAAAAGGAAAGCCAUUUGAUCGAUUGAUCUUAUUUUUUCUUGUGUAUCUAAUUUUUUUUCUUCUUCUUCGUUUCUUUGCAUUGAAUUCUGUUUGUUUGCUGAGAAAACGGAGGAAAACUUAGAAUUUUCUUUUGCUUUUUCCUUGCGAUUCCUUAUAAGCAAAACAAGGACUGUAAAGUCAAUUUUUGUUCCCUGAGAUUUUGAUUCAUACAGGGCAAUGUAGGGUACUGUGCUUAUAUAUUUUUCUGGAAUUUUCUGUUCCUUCCUUCCUUUUUCCCUCCUACCAAACAUAGUGUUAAACGCAUUUUCGAUUGGAUUUCAUUAGUGGGUCAAAUUUUUUAAGCUUGCAUUUGAAUGUGUCUUUGAAUCAGUAAAUUGGGUAGUUAGGACUCGAUUGUUUUCUUCUGUAAUGGGAUUACUAUGGCUCUGUUUCCACUGAAAAUUUUAUGAUCCAUUUUUCUUUCCUUUGUUGGAUUGCAAUAGUCAUGGUUUGCAUUAACAAGAUUGAAUCUUUGGUUUUGUAAUGGCCACUUCAGACCUUACAGCAUGUUGAUAGAUGGGUACAUUCUGUAAUCAUAUGUAGGGAUAAUGAUUUCUAUUUGAGACUCAAGCAAAAGCAUUGGCUAAGAAAUCGUCAACAUGUGAGUGUAGAUUAAGUGAUAACAUAGUUUCAUUGCGAAUAACCAUUAACCAGCCAUAGAUGGGAUUGGUGGAUAAGAUAUUGAGUACGUGGGGAAAGUGUUUUUAGCUUAAUAAUAGACCUCAACAAUCCUUAAAGUUUGAGUUACUUUCAAUUUAAUAAAGCAUGAUUUCCUCGCCAUCUGCGCAUUGUUUGAUUGAAAUAACUUGUAAUAGUGAUUCACAUACAUCUAAAAUAUCAUAGGAUUUGAAGGUUUCAAGAGAAGAAGUUGUUUGCCUACCAUCUGUCACCUUUUAGACAAGUGGAGUUUCUACAUUUUUGUCAGUUUUGUUUUCCGAGGGACUAGAGAAGAUAUAUUCCUGAACGUCCUUCUUUGGCAUGUUCCCUUAUCUAAAUCCGUACAUUUUAACCUGUUGGAUAGCCAGUGUGUCUAAUACUGCAUGAUGGGACUUGAUCUCUCAUCGUGCUAUUCUUCUUUUCCAGCGUACACAUGCUUCUCGACCAGUUAAUUCCAAUUCACUGGCCUUUCUUGUUACAGCUUUGGCUAGUCGUGGGUAUCUUUUUAAUGGCUACGAACCUUAGGAUGUAUGCAACUUGCCAGCAACUUCAAGCUCUGGCCCGAACUCACGCUGCAGCAUCUAGUGGUUUGCUUGUUCAUACCGAGUUGCGUUUCCACAUGCCACCAACAAUCGCUUUUGCUACAAGAGGACGCUUACAAUGACUAAGACUCCAACUUGCCCUUCUUGACCGUGAAUUUGAUGACCUAGGUAUGGUGCUUUUUCAAAAUACACUGAUAAGAUUUUAUGGUUUGGUUUUAACAUGCAUUGACAGACAGAUUUGCAAAGAGGGUUUUGAUUGUUAUUAGUUCGGUUUCUUGAAGAUUAAUACUAUCUUUCUUUCUGCCCGAGAUUAUGACACCCUGAGAGCGUUAGAUUCUGAUAAUACUUCCACAACUCAUUCAAUGAGUAAGGAAGAGAUAAAUGCCUUACCGGUGCACAAGCACAAGGCCCCUGGCCCAGAAAGUGCUGGAUCAUCAGUGAGACAGGCAUCAUCUUCGUCAGCCCCAGUUGAGCCAAAACAAGAUUCUAGGAAGGCUAGUAUGAGGGCUUCAAAAGAUGAACCAACUUGUACUAUUUGCUUGGAUCGAGUUAAGAGGGGGAAGCUUGUUCGGAGCUUGCCAUGUUUGCAUCAGUUUCAUGCCAGCUGCAUUGAUCCAUGGCUGCGGCAACAAGGAACAUGUCCUGCGUGUAAGUUUAUAAUGGGGUCAGGAUGGCAGGAAAACAGGGAGAGUGAGUCAGAUGAUUCAGACAUGGUUUAACUUCUUGACUCACCAAGUAAUAAUCUGUAUAUGCAUGAAAGUAUAUCAAACAAUCAUGUUUGCGGUUACAUAAAAAUAACCUUUUCUUGGGUGUGUCUGUAAAUAUCCUCUAGGAUAAGUAUGGUGUGUAUCUUCGGCUCCAUGAAACAAAAUAAGGCAAUAGCUUCAUCAUGCUAAUUAAGCCAUGUAACUUGUAUAUAUAAUGGUUUUGAGAGUGGCCUAAGCCAACUUCGGCAUUGAACAUUGUUUUUAUGCAAUUGUUGGAGCAAUAAUAAUUCAAAUUUGAUCUAAUUAAUCUCUCUUUUAAAACUCAAUAGCGAUAAUGAGU